ACGAAGUAGCUGGUGGCAGAGAUUUCUCCAGCAAGAAUUUGAGCGAGCGGAGGAGGAGGAUUUACUAAUUACGUUAGCUAAGCGAUUUUGAAAGCCACAACUAUUUUAAGAUUGUCAUGAACAUUGCGUACUAAGCAUGAUUGAAAAUUUGCAUGUGGAUUAACUUUAAGGUGCAGCUUCUUUGAGUGGUUUGUUCAGGGGGCUUGCACCAUGAGUGACAGUGAGGAGAGCAGCAGGCACAGUGAAGAUGAGGAGGGCAGCUCUGAGGAGGAGAGUGGUGAGGAAGAGCCCGUCUCGGCUCUGCCACCGCAGCCUGAUCUGGAGGAGGAAGGCCCAGAAAACGUCUCUCCCAGCCCCGCCUUCCAGUGCUCAGAUGAGUUGCUUUCCGCUGGAAAAAUCUGUCCUACCAAAGUUGCAGAGCUGAAGGCCAAGUUCACACUGCUCCAUGACACCUUGAAGAGCUCUCAGGAGUCGAAGGUCCGGCUGCUGCAGGAUGCCAAGCGCUUCACGGCCGAGCUGGAGAGGCAGCGGGAGGAGCUGGAGAAGAUGGAGAGGUUCCCCGAGGGCAGCAACACCGAGGUGGGCAAGAUGAGACGCCAGCUCCUCAUCUACCACAACAAGAUCCGCCAGGCCCACGAGCAGGAGUACCAGCUCCAGUUCCAGAUGGAGUGUUUGCUGGGAGAAAAGGACAUCCUGGAGAAAGAGUACAACAGGCAACCUAAACCAGCUGAGCAGGAGAAGAAGGCCAAGGUGCUGAGGGACGGCUGUGAGGAGCUGAGGAAGGAGGUGGCUCAGAGACGAAUGGAGAUAAAGAGCCUGAAAGAGGACAUGGACACCAAGCAGAAAAACCUCCAGAGAGAGAAAGAGGCGCUCGACCAAAAGAAGGACACCAUUGAAAAUCUGGAGGCCGACCUGGCCCAGCUCCUCUGUGUGCCUGGCCAACUGGGGAAGGAAAUCGACAGGAUAAAGCGGAAAAAAACGGACGUGCAGAAGAAGACCGCCGAGCUGGUGCAGCAGCUGGUGGAGCUGGGCAAGGUGCACGAGAAGCUGCAGGCCAAGAAGGAGGCGCUGGAGGAGGAGCGGAAGGAGGUGCUGAGCGAGCUGGAGAAGCGCAGGGUGGAGCUGGAGGCGGCCGAGCGGGAUCAGAGCACGCUGCUGAAGGACAGGGACGUGGUGCAGGAGAAGGAGGCCAUCCUGAUGGGCCAAAGGGCCAUGCUAGACAUCAACAUCAGCCACUUCAACAUGGAGAAGAAGUCCUCGCAGGACCACCUGAUGAGGAACCUGAAGGAGAAGGACCGGCAGCUCCACAGCCUGAGGCACGUGGAGAUGAAGCUGAAGAUGGUCACGGACUCGCUGGGCGAUACGCAGUUCCAGCACAACAAGGUCAAAUCGCAGAGGGAUGCUAUGCCUCCCAGAGAUGAGGCCCUGCAGAGGAGGAAUGAGUUACAGAAAGAGGUCGAGCAUCUGAGACGCAACCUAAUGCACGAGCAAUCUCUGACAGAGGAGGAGACUCGGAUGGUGGAGCAGAGCCAGGAGCAGGAGCACGAGCUGAUGAAGGAGUCUCAUCACUGGAGAGACGAGCUGCAUCACCUCAUCUGCCUGACUCAGAUCAAAGCUGACGAGAAGGAGCAGAAGUCCCACGAGCUCAUCACCGCUGAGCAAAGAUACAUCCGUGUGAAGGAAGAGCUCAAAGGUAAAGCGCUGAUCAUUCUUGACCACAAGAAGCUCAGCCAAGAAGCCCAAGCUAGGUUGAACGUGUUUGCCAAGCUCUACGACGUGAUAAAAGGAGAGAGAAACAAGUGCGUCAACCUCAUCCAGAUGGCCACCCAACGCACCUCAGAGAUGAGGGAGGAGUGGGAAAUCUUGGAGAACGACACCGAGAUCAUCCGCAACUCCGUCAUCUGCAAGGACAAGCAGCUGCAGAAGUCGAGGAUGAAGCGUGUGCACAGCGAGUACAUCCGGGACAGCCUGAAGAAGGACAUCUCCAAGACGCUCCACACGCUGCACGAGAUGGAGGAGAAGAGGGCGGAGCAGAACCUGAAGAUCGGCAAGCUCACCAGCAUGAUCAACUUCAAUGAGGAGAACCUGCUCCAGCUCCGCAAGAACUACGACAACGCCGUGCAGAGCCGCAACGACCGGGGUGUACAACUGCUGGAGAGAGAGAAUGAGAUAUGCAUCUUCCACGAGCGGGUGAACGUCCAGGAGGGCCUGAUCCAGCAGGGGAACAUGGAGAUCCAGGCCAUGGAGGAGGAGAUGGGCUUACUCAACAUGCUCGCCACCAAAGAGAAGAGAGAGAUCGAGCUCUCGCGCAAACUCCUCCCCGACAAGAGAGACCUGGAGGACCAGAUCACCACGCUUCAGAUACAGCUGUCGGAGGGGAAGGACCAGAGGCUGACGCUGGAGAAGGCCGUGGAGGACCAGCAGAGCCGCGUGCGCAGGCUGGAGGGCACUGACCCGCCCCCUGACCAGCUCGUCAGCAAGAUCGAGAAGCUGGAGAGGAGCCUGGCAGACCAGGAGGAGCUGCUCCUGGAGAAGGAGCUGGUGUACGAUCAGGUGAGCCAGCUCACCCAGCAGAUCAGCGCUAAGGCCGAGGACGGGAAAGAGGACACGCUGAAUCUGGCCAAGAAAGUGAAUGAGCUACAGAGCCAGCUCAAGGACACCACUAGGAAGCUGAUGUCAAAGGUGUCUGAGGUCUCCAUGGAGCAGGCCAAAGUCAUAACGCUCCAGCAGGAGGUCAAGGACAAGGAGCAGCACCUGGACUCCUGUCAGCAGCGGCUGGAGCAGGGCCUGACGCCCUCCGAGGAGAUGGAGCAGGCCUGGCAGCGCGCGCUGAAGGCUGAGCAGCAGCAGCUGGCUGAUCAGCAGGAGCAGGAGAUGAGGGCAGAGGAAGAGGAGAGGAGUCAGCUGCCCAACGGGGGCAUCACCACGGCCGAGGCCCGGCCCAACGCCUACGUUCCCGAGAACGACCCCCUGCCCAUCCCCCGGCCCUACGGAGCCCUGGCCCCCUUCAAACCCACCGAGCUCGGCUCCAACAUCCGGCACAUCCGCAAGCCCCAGCCCCAGCCUGUGGAGAUCUAGCCCCGACAAGUGCCAGCCCAGCCCAGCCCAGCAGAGCAAUUCAGUCGUAUUUAAUAAGGCUGUCAGUGAUGCUUAUUAAAUAUGAGAAUAUUAGCAUUCUUCAGCCACAUGGUACGAGUCUUAUUACUUACGCCCCCGAGGCCACAUUAAAUGUUGAAAGUCACUCUAAGAAAAAACCCUGAGGUCAGAGCCAGAGAAACCUCUCAGCCCUGGAUCUGGACUUGAUUUCCUGCGGCAUCGCAAACGGAUAGCGUCAGCAAUUUUAUUGCCCUUCGAUCAAAAGCUGUAUUUUAUUUAGCUCCUUGACAGCCUACAAUAGAUUUUUUUUUUUUUUUUUUUUAAUGCCGGCAUGUUCCGGAGAUGUGAUGCUCCUGGGAUAUACGGUUUAUUUUCUGUGGCACUUGAAGGGCACCAACAGAGCUUUGCUUUAUCAGUGAGAAUGUUCUCUGGCUGACCAUUAAUUAUCCUGUAGCAGUCUACUUAAAGGAAUGGUAUGAAUAAGGAAUACAUUCAUCUUCAAAGGUGUAUUUUUAUUUACAAUGUACAAUUAGUUGUACAAUACAGCGGGGUCCACGCUGUUUGAAAAACACAAACGCGUUUUUAAAAAAAAUCCCUUUUCCAGUUUAUCAGUAUGCAAGAUUUAUUUUGGGUCUAAUACACCAAUUUUCCAAAUGUGCUUAUCACAGUUCAUUACCCCCUGAUAAUCACUAACAGGUCACUGGGAAAGGAAAUAUACAGCAAAAGUGUAUCGCCCUCAGAAAGUGAGGAUGCUUCCCGUUUUGCAGUAAGCUUGUGGGGGGGGGGUUCCCGUUUUCAAUCGGGAGAGGCUGAGUGCAGUUGAUUUCACAACUGCUCACUGAGAAUCGGAAAUUACACUGCUGCUUCACAGCCUCAGUGGAGCAAUACUGCAGCCGGACCCAGUAAUUACCUCUCCUCUAAUUAGCUUUCCCGGAGAGCAGUCCAAGAUGUUCCGAGUCAGCCAUUUCCCAGAAGUGUUGCCGAGCUCCCUUCAGGGCACCGUCGCGCACUGAAAGUGCCCAAAAUUCCACCGAAUGUAGUCCACCUGCUGUAGUAUGAGGACCAGAAUCGUUUGUUUCAGUUUCACUGGUAAUAUGUCCAGUAGCACCUGGUUCCUUUUUUUUUUUUUUUUUUUUUUUUUUUGGGGAAACCCUAUGGAAUAUAUUAGAGGCACGGUGGAGAAUGCAGACACCAUGUGCCACGGUCUUUUUCAUUUUCUGUCCCUCAGGGCUAGCAAACUAAUGAAAGACAUUUGUGUCUAUAUGUGGAAGACACAGCCCUUCUGCAAAUUCAGGAGCAGAACACAUAACUUAUAAAGACCAGACCCUUCCACAUGUGAAGUCCCCAACUCAUAGAGGGCUGAUGAGUAACAUCCCACACCGUGCCUUGCACCCACCUAGGACCAGAUCUUGGGUCCUAGUGCACAUGAACCAUGUGUAUUAGGAUGGCAAGGUGUGAGAGAGGCCUUUGCACACUGGUGUUAGUCUUCAGGGGCUCCUCUUCAGGCCGGCCUUGCAGUCCGUCCUCACUUGUCCUCCAGCCCCAACAAGAUGAGGGUCUGUUUCAGCGCGGUCUCCUCAACAAAC